CGCAGAAAGACCAGCAACAGCGGGACCCGCUCUGUGCCCCAGGCGGGCCGGGCUCCGGCCGCGGGAUGUCGCGCACCCCGGAGGGGACGGAACCAGACGGGCAGCGGGAGGAGGAAUCAGCGGAGCAGACGAAAGGGAAACACCAAAUGCCGCUCUCCGCCCUGUCCGCCUUCAGCUACAUCCCGCCCGGCCGCAGGGACCCCCCGGAGCACAGCUACUUCCACCAGGAGUUCAAGACAGGGAUUGUUUCCACAUAUGACUCCAUUUUUAAGAGGCCAAUGGGUUACAAUGAAAAACUCCACCGAUGUGACAGAGAACAUGCAAAUAGUCAAGGUCUGAACAUUAAUGAUGAGGAACUGGCAAGACCCAGUGCUGUUUUGUCCUCUUCAGAAUAUGGAAGACACAUAAAACAGCCCGUAGAGCAGUCGAUCAGAGAUUAUGCAAGGAUUAACCGAGUGCAGGCUGAGUUCUACAGGAAAAAUGGAGUCACCUGCUUGUUGGAAAAACCUUCUCAAAGUCUCGAACCAUCCUAAAGCUCCUGUCCCCACCAGCCAUCGACACGAACAUAGUAUAACACAGUUUUCACAGCAAUAAGAAAAUGAAGAUUGUUUUGCCUUUUCUUGUAACACUUUCCUUUAGCUGGUCAGUGUGACUUUGAUAACAAAAAAAAAAGAAAAAAAAAAAAGCCAUAACAGCUGUCAGUUUCCCCAUGUUAGUGUAAAUGUACCUUGACAUUUCAUUAAAAUCUUG